UAACAAUCUAACGUCAAAGUAGGAAAUGGCGGGUUCGUUGAGUGCAUUUUUAACGGAAGUUGAUUUAUUAGAUUUGUUAAAUGAUAUCCCCGGAGGAUGCAAGACAGCGGAUGAUCCAUUUUUCAGCGAAGGAAAUAAGCUAUUGAAGCCAUUUGUCAAGCAAGGUGUUAUCAGUUUUGGAGAUGAAGAAGAACUUCAUAAAAAGAACUAUGUCCUCUGCAACGUUCCUGGCUGCAACAAGGAAUUCCACUCAGUAUACGAAUAUGAAAGUCACUACAACUCCCUCCAUCGCUAUCUUUGCCACCAAUGCAAAAAAUGCCUGCCAACCCCGCACUUCCUCGACCUACACAUCCUGGAGCAGCACGACUCGUAUUUCUCAGUCCUCGCUCAGCACAAACCCAUGUUCGCCUGUUUCCUCGAAGAAUGCAAGCAAAUGAGUGCUACGCCGGAAGAACGAAAGGACCACUGCAUUAGGAUUCACAAGUUCCCAUCCAACUUCCGCUUUGAAACGUCCCCCGCCGUUUUAUCGAAAGGAAAGAAAGAACGCAAGGACUCGCAGCAAAGCGACGUUGCAAUGGAGGAGACAAGUAAAAGUGAGGUGGCGAGUAAAGUACCGAAGAAUUUCUCAUUUGGUCACCAGAAACAGAAAGUGUUUGAUAGUAAAAGCUACGCCAGGAUUUUGGCAAGGAAGCACAAGAAGGAGACUGAGAUGGAGUGCGAGAACGUUAGCGCCUUGGAGGACAGUAAAACUGUUGAAGAUUUAAUGGAAAGUUUACCGAGUUAGGAUUAAAUUUUGGUUGCUGAAUUGAAUCUGUGAAAGUGUUGAAGGUUUUGGAAACCUUUUUAUGAAUUGUUUAUUAUUGAUGAAGUUAAUAUAUUUGUGUAUA